GGUGCCCAACUUGGCUUCCGGUCGCGUUGUGCGUCCCUGUUGCUAGGCGACCGGCUAAAGGAGUUCGACUGCGGCGCCUGCGGGCUCUUGAGUCGAGGAUGGCCACGAUAUGGAGCAGGAGCUCUCACCUGGCAGGAUCCAAGAAUGACAGCAGAGUAAAGCGGAGGUCUCAUCCUGACACAGCAGCAAAAACUAUUCAGAAGGCAUGGUGGAGUCACACAAGGCUACGGUUGUAUACACUCAUGAAACAUACAAUUCGGGCAGCGGAGUACUGCAUUACUCAUGAUAUUUUGAAAAGAGUGUGUCCUUUGGAGGCUGAACUUCUUAAAGACCCUACUCUUACGUGCAGAGUUCGAUUCAGAUUAGCUGGAUCUGAUUUCCCCCCUUUCGUUGUGUUCAAGAUAUUUUGCAAGUCAAGAGACCAAAACACCCAUUACAUCACUGGGAAAAGCGUAAUAACAGCAACAAGUGAGGCGGCUGUUGAUGCUUGCAAAUUAAUGGGAUACCGGACGUAUUAUAAUCAGAUACUGCAGGAUGAACUUCAGCAUAAGAAAUAUGGAAUAACAGAGGAGUUAGAUGUGGCUACAAUAAGAGACCACGUACAAAACUCCACCACAAAUUCCCACAACUGCAAUCUUCUCAAGACUGAGUAGAAAAUCAGCACCUAGAACUGGGCGUCGCUCUUACCAAGCUCAGAAGAAGAAUGCAAAAAUGAGGAAGGCUUAUAGCCUUGAGAAACAAAGA